GUUUGGCCUUGUAACGAUACCUCUUCUUAUCAUUUUCGGAAUCCUUGCCUUCGCUUCUGUAGCUUUGGGUUUCGUAUUUUCUAUCCUUGUUUGGGUUUUAGCCUUUAUUCUUAUAUUCGUUGAAAUACCUCUAUGCACAAAGAUUUGUCCAACAAGUGAUAGAUUUGAUUCUUUUGUCAAAAACUUUGAGAAUCACUGGAUUCCAAUCGCCGGUGGACUACGGCAAGACCAUGCUGCUAGCUCGUUUACUGGUGGUGAAUCCGUGUAG